GCGGGGCCAAUUGACGCGUAAAUGGAUUUCUAGCACGCGUCAACUGGGUCAAUUCCGACCUACUAGAUUUCUACACCAUUGCCAAUCUCGCGGAUUCUCUUCAGGACGAUACUGACGAUACCACCAAGGACCGCUUCCUGCCUCCCCUUUCCACCAAUACAAUCACGAUGGCUAGCUUCUUCGAUCUCAAAGCGAGAAAGCAAGCAGCGGCCAAUGGCGCUUCUUCAUCCCAAAAGCAGGACAAGUCUUCGCAGCCACCACGAGCGCAACCCUGGGUCGAGAAAUACCGUCCGAAGACUCUCAGCGACGUUACGGCCCAGGACCAUACUGUGACUAUCCUGCAGCGCACUCUACAAGCCUCCAAUCUUCCACAUAUGCUAUUCUACGGCCCGCCAGGUACCGGCAAAACCUCGACUGUCCUCGCUCUUGCAAAGGAGCUCUAUGGCCCCGAACUCAUCAAGACCCGCGUCCUCGAGCUGAACGCCUCUGACGAACGAGGUAUCUCCAUCGUACGCGAGAAGGUCAAAAACUUUGCACGCAUGCAUUGACGAAUCCGACUGCCGAAUACAGAAGCGAUAUCCUUGCCCUCCCUUCAAGAUCAUUAUCCUCGACGAGGCCGAUUCA